AUGAAAAUAAAAGAAACAAUAUCUAAUGAAGGAAAUAAAUUUGUUGAGCGUGUUCUAUCAUGUGAAAAAGAAUUAAAACAUUGCACAGGAUUUCCGAAUCGAAAAACAUUUGAUGCAGUUUUUAUAUAUCUUGACCCCGGAGAAAAUGGAGAAAACCUUAUCUUAUACAACAAAUGUGAAGGAACUGUAAGUAACACUGUUAUAACAUGGUUGAACUUUAUGUACAUAAGGCUGGGUAGUCUUAGCAUAUGGCCUACAUUAACUCAAGUAAAACAAAAUAUGCCUCAGUCCAUAAAGGACAAAUUUCCCAAUGUUAAAUGCAUCAUUGAUUGUCUUGAAAUAAAGGUAGCUGUACCUCAGUCAUUGACUGUACAUAAAUUGCUCUAUUCUGACUAUAGAAGUCACACAACUGUAAAGAUUUUAGUUGGCAUUGCCCCAGGAGGUGGUUUUACUUUUAUAUCUGCUGCUUACCCUGGGAGUAUAUCAGAUAAAGAAAUAACGAUUAAAAGUGGGCUUUUAAAUCCAACUUUAUGGAAUCACGGUGAAGAACUUAUGGCAGAUAGAGGUUUUACUAUACAAGAUUAUUUAAGUCCACUCGGAGUUAAAUUAAUUAUUCCAUCAUUUCUUCGAAGUCGCGAACAAUUCACUGAAACAGAGGUGAUACAAAGUCAGCAAAUUUCAAGUGACCGCAUUCAUGUUGAGAGAAUGAUUAAAAGAUUAAAAUGUUUUUAUAUAUUUGAUAGACUUAUUCCUCUAAACAUGAUUGGUUCUCUCAAUCAAAUAGUUACAGUUUGUGGAAUUUUAACUAACUUUCAUGAGUCUAUUAUAAAAAACGCAGAUAGAAAUUAA